GAGGUGCCGGGCCGGGAGGGGGAGCGAGGCGUGCGCUGGUGCGCAGGCGCAGUGGCCGGACGACGGACCGUGUGUUUCCAAAAUGGCGGCAGCGAUGGAUGUGGAUACCCCGAGCGGCACCAACAGCGGCGCGGGCAAGAAGCGCUUUGAAGUGAAAAAGUGGAAUGCAGUAGCUCUCUGGGCCUGGGAUAUUGUGGUUGAUAACUGUGCCAUCUGCAGGAACCACAUUAUGGAUCUUUGCAUAGAAUGUCAAGCUAACCAGGCGUCUGCUACUUCUGAAGAGUGCACUGUUGCAUGGGGAGUCUGUAACCAUGCUUUUCACUUCCACUGCAUCUCUCGCUGGCUCAAAACACGGCAGGUGUGUCCGUUGGACAACAGAGAGUGGGAAUUCCAAAAGUAUGGGCACUAGAAAGAAUUCUUCCAUCAAGCUCAACUGUUCUGUUAUUCAUUUAAUGACUUGCCCUCCUGUUACUUAAUUAUAAAUUAGAUAGAACUGUGUCUUUUCUGCUUUUUCUUUUCAGUUUGCUAUUCCUGCAGCCAUAUUGUAUUCUGUGUCAAAUAAAAUCCAGUUGGAUUCUAGAACAGAUGCUGUCUCUUGUGUAUGUGAAAAAGUGAACAUAAAUAAAGGGUCCCCUCUUCCUAUGUUGGAAGGCUUCCUUUUGAAAGUGAAAUGUUUGUUCAUUAGAGCAGAGUUGUCCUGUGAGCACAUCGCCUGGUCACGAGGAAUCCUGGUCCACAGCCUGGUCCCUGAUGGCAGUCUUGGGCAAGUCAUCUCUCUGCUCGACUCUCCCCUCUAGAACGGCUCCUAAGAAACUAAAUGGCAUCAUAUGUGCACAGAAAGAAGCUUUGUAAACUGUAAAACCACUAUACAAAUGUUGACUUUGACCAUGUAUGACAUGUUGCUUUCUCAGUUUAGAAAAAUAAACCUGAAAAAAAUCUAAUAUAUAA